UGAACGUGCUCAGGUUGCAUCAACGACAGAUUCAAAAUCUUUCUAAAUAUAUUUGUGACUUUGUCAAAUGGACCGUGAAGAAGCGAUUUUGUCUGCUGUGAAGUGCGUGCAAGAUGGUAUAUCGUCGUUAAAUUCUGCUGCCAAGCACUACAAUGUUCCCCGCGCAACCCUGUACAACAGACUGCGAGGAAUUGGAAAGCAGAAGCGCGGAAGCUGGAAGAAAAAGUUUACGGAUGCAGAAAAAGAAUACCUUGCAACCUUCCUGCUGCACUGUGCAGACAUUGGCGUUCCUUUGAAUAAACCAUGCCUGAAGAAACUCGUCACCAGCAUGGCUACGGAAAAAGGUAUGGUAGCAAAAUUCAGUGACAAAUGGUUGAAAGGGUUUUUGGAGAGGUUUCCCGAGUUAUCGCGUCGUAUUGCACAUGGCGUCAAUAGGAAAAAGGCGAGAGAAUGGACAGCCGAUAACUGUGAAGGCUGGGUUACAUUGCUGAGCGAGCUACAUAUAGAAGGAUGGCUAGACGACCCGGCUGGUAUCUGGAAUCUGGAUGAAAGUGGAUUUUCUACAGCAGAAACCGUUGAUUUCGUGUAUGCCCGGAAAGGCUCCAAAAACGUAACGUCUUAUUACGAUGGUAACGAUAAAGAGGUGAUCACUGUACUGGCUGGUGGCAGUGCUGCGGGAACUAUCCUACGCCCUCUCAUUUUGUUUGAUGGUAAAAUGCACACGUUAUCGCGUUAUCAAGGAACGAAAGACCGAUGCUGGUUGGGUGUGAAUCGCUCAGGGGUAAUGGACACCGACGUUUUCCUGGAGUAUUUUGAAAAGGAGGUCCUACCGGCAAUGACUGCUCCGAAGAACCUGCUAAUGCUGGACGGUCAUAGUUCGCACGUUUACAACGAAGAAUUUCUGUUGAAAUGCGUCAAAUCGGAGAAAAAUAUUCGGGUUGUAACAUUUCCAGCUGGCCAAACCAGCAAGACCCAGCCGCUCGAUCUGAAAGUAUUUGGACCGGUAAAACGUUGCUGGAAAAAUGUGCUGCGCGUGAGGAACUUAAGCACCAGUGCGAACGAGAUUACAAAGCAGAAUUUUGCCAGCGAACUGAUGGAAAAUUGGGAGAAAUUUAAUAUGUCAACUAAUAUUAAGUCCGGAUUUCGUGAAGCUGGCAUUUUCCCGUACGAUCCCGCAGUAGUGUGCAAAGAUUUCCUUGGAUUUGUUUCUCCGGUAGAGCCAUUUCCCACCAUAAAGCCUAGUGAAAUAUACGCUAAAGAGUUUGAGUCGAUCCGCGCCGGUUACCGCAAGAUUCAUCUGUUUUCGGACUGGCAAAUCGACCAGAUUAUCGAAAAAUCUAAACAAGUACUGGACGGUGUCAUUCCAACGGUGUCGCCGAAACGCGCUGCAACGGAGUUUAAAGACAAACUCUGUGACGGCAGAGCGGUCAAGCGACGAUAUGAAAAAGACUCGAGAUUGUGUACUGUGAAGGGAGCUAUCGCCACGGAAUCAGCCUUCCUGGACGCUUUGGAGGAAAUAAACGAGAAGAAACGCCGCCCACUUAAAUGCACUAAGAACCCCAUGAAAAAAUGAUGUGAUAUGAAAUUUCGGCAUUUUUUAGUUUGUUCAUUGGCAAAUCCGGUUGAAAUUAAUGAAAGAUAUAUAUAGAUAAUAUAAUUAUAUAAAUAUAAUUCGGAUGUGAAAUUUCGGAAUUCUUUGGUGUGCUCACUUGUAAAUCCGGUUGAAAGAAGUAGAAAAGGGUUCUGCUAUAAAUCCGAUAAA